CAGAAUUCAGUGUCAUUAUGCAACCUCACCGCGCACUGCAGGGCUCCAGCAUUUAACUUCAACAAUUGCAUUUAACCAGUGAUAUUUUAUUGUUACAAUUAAGAUCAUUCAACAAGCACCUAGACAGGCAAAAUGCUCCGCCGCUGUGGAUUAACUCUAUCCGCUGCCAAGAGAAGCUUGCGAGAUCAGUUCCGGUUUCAAAUCCAGCGCCACCAGCAAACCGCCAGUAACAUGGACAAGUUCGACCUGCCCAAGAGACUGCAGGGCAGCACGCCCAGCGUCUGGAACGAGUACAUCGCCCUGGCCAUGCAAUACAAACCAUUGAAUCUGGGCCAGGGAUUCCCCGACGAUGCCGCGCCUGAGUACGUGACCCACUCGUUGGCGGACAUUGCCAAGGACGAGAAUCCGCUCCUGCAUCAGUACACUCGUGGCUAUGGGCAUGUCCGCCUGGUCAAUGCCCUUUCAAAGCUGUACAGCGGUCUGGUCGGUAAGGAACUGAAUCCCCUCAGUGACAUCCUGAUCACCUCCGGCGCCUACGAGGCGCUCUACUCCACCAUCAUGGGACAUGUUGACGUUGGCGAUGAGGUGAUCAUCAUAGAACCCUUCUUCGACUGCUACGAGCCUAUGGUAAAGAUGGCCGGCGGAGUGCCCCGCUUUGUUCCCCUCAAAUUGCGCAAGGCGGAGUGUCCCAUAAGCUCCGCGGACUGGGUGCUGGACGAUGCUGAAUUCGAGGGAUUGUUUAACUCGAAAACCAAGAUGAUCAUCCUGAAUACACCUCACAAUCCCAUUGGCAAGGUCUUCAAUCGACAGGAACUGGAGCGGAUUGCCGAGCUGUGCCGCAAGUGGAACGUGCUUUGCGUCUCGGAUGAGGUGUACGAGUGGCUGGUCUUCGACGGAGCGGAGCACAUCCGCAUUUGCACGCUGCCGGGCAUGUGGGACCGCACCAUCACUUUGGGAUCAGCGGGCAAGACCUUCUCCGUGACCGGUUGGAAGAUCGGAUGGGCCUACGGACCAGCCCAGCUCAUCCGCAACCUGCAGAUGGUGCACCAGAACUCGGUGUACACCUGUCCCACGCCUCUGCAGGAGGGAGUGGCGCGCAGCUUUGAGGUGGAGCUGGAACGUCUAGGCAAGCCAGAGAGCUACUUCCUCAGCCUGCCACGCGAACUCAAGCAGAAGCGGGACUUCAUGGCCAAGUUCUUGUCCGAGGCCGGCAUGCGCCCCACCAUUCCUGAGGGCGGCUACUUUAUGCUGGCCGACUGGUCGCCACUGACGGACAAAGUGGAUCUGAGCUCCGAGCCUGACAAGCACCGUGACUACAAGUUCACCAAGUGGAUGACCAAGAACAUGGGCCUGCAGGGCAUUCCGCCCAGUGCGUUCUACAGCGAGCCGAACAAGCAUUUGGGCGAGGACUUUGUGCGGUACUGCUUUAUCAAGAAGCAGGAGAACCUGGACAAGGCAGCCGAGCUACUUAGCAAAUGGAAAAAGUAGACGGAUAAUAAACGAAUUUGUUUUCAA